AUGGAUCCAGACGCCGCCACAAGCGACCAACACUCCUGGUCAAAUUCUGGAUCACCAUUGACAUUUCCAGACUCGCCAUCAGGUCAACCACGCGAAGACCCAGAUCCUAAGCCACCUCUAACAUUACAGAACCUGCAUGCAAAUCAAUGGGUACACCUGACUCGACACUUUGGCUACAUCGAACAAGCUAAGAUGAUCAAAGAGUAUCCUCAAAUCGUACUCUUCGAGACCAAACACAACGGUGCCGAAAGUUGUGGCGUCUUCGACGUUGCAAAGGGCUACUUACCAUCCAUCAGAUUCAACAUUGCCAUUUCACCAGGAGCCAAACCCGGUAGUUGUCCUGUCAUCACACAGAGUCUCUUUGAUCGCAUCUCGACCUUUCCCACCAUUUACAAACUCCUGGAUGAAGAUGCAGAUACAGACCCAGCGGGCAUGGUUCCAUCGGCUACUACCAUUGUCACGCAACCCGACCCACAGCACAUUCAAGUACCAUAUACAGAUGUCAGGAUUACAACCAAAGUCAGAUUGGACUUUGCUCUUCCGAUACGAAUUCUCGAUCCUCAUAAAAAAGUCUGGCCCGGCAGAUCACCCGCAAUGACAAUUAGUUGUAGAUUCAUCUGUUUCGUGACUCCGGAUGCUCUGGACAAUUAUAAUGAUACCAACUAUCAACCUGCAACCGCCUUACCUGUUGUCGAUAUGUGGCUUCCAGCUAACGAGAACUAUCUGACCAAAGUCGACGAUGCGCCUGGUUGGCUCAUCACUCCGAGUUUUGCGAAUUUCGAGGGUCUCGUGGAAACACCGGGUGAGAGUUUUUUGAAAUUAACGAGUUUUGAUGACGUGGCAGAAAAUGUAAACGCUUCGGGGUCAUGA